AUGAUGAAUUCCCACCGCUCCGAUUUUCCCGCCCUUCCCAGGAUGGGCGUCCGCGCCCGCGCCGCCGAGUGGCCUCCGAAAACCAGUCCUCCAAAUUCCCACAAUUCCUCCUUCCCGCCCCGCCGAGCCCUCCAACACCCCAAAUCCUCGGAAUUCCUACAAUUCCCAGAAUUCCCGCAAUUCCCAGAAUUCCCCGCGGCGCCGCCAUUACGCCAGCGCAGCAGCAGCGAGGCGACUCUGGGAGAAUGCGACGGCGACGAGGCGGCGGAAAAACGCGGCGGAGGCGGCGGGAUUUUCCGCGAGUACGGCAGCACCUCGUCCAUAGACGCGCAGGGAAUCCCCGAGCAGAGCUUCCACCGAAUUCUCGACGAGUUCCGCGCCAAAAAAAAACCGGAAAACCGCGACGAGCCCAAGGAGAAAGCGCGGCGGCGCUGCCUGAGGGGAGACGACUCCAUCUUGAAAAAGCUCCGCUCUCCCCGGCACGACGGCGACGCCGAGGAGGCGGCAAUCGCGGAUUUGGCGAAAUCUUGGAUUUGCAGGAAGGGUUUUGCUCAUUUUGACGUUCAGAGUCUUUUUUUUGAAGCGGUUUCGUUCGGUACUUGCGCCUCUCAACGUCGCAACACCACGACCGGAGCUUCGGCCGCUUCGGCGGGAUCCGAUCCCAAUUUUUCCAGCACUGAGGAUUUAAAUUGCAAAGAAAAUUUAGAGCAGGAUUUAGGGGACAACACCAGCAACGAGCUCCUCUUGAGCUGCCCCCAUUUCCGCAACGAAAUCGGCGGCGGUUCCGGCGAACGUGACGUCAGCUUCGCCAAAUCGGCACCGGCUCCGGACGCGCCCGAACGAUGGAACGGAGGGAGAGGGAGCAACGGGGGAAUUUCCGUGCUGGAAUUCCCCAAAGAACAGCGCAGGAACCCCGAGAGGCUCCGAAACUUCAGCCUGGAACACGCGGAUCUGGGAGCUCGGUACUACCGGGAUUACUUCCAUGGAAAAGUUUUCCUGGUUUUCCCGCAGCUGUGCCGGCGGCACAAGGUGGGAAUCCUGUACUGCAAGGCCGGGCAGAGCUCGGAGGAGGAAAUGUACAACAACGAGGACGCCGGGCCCGCGCUCGACGAGUUCCUCACCCUGCUGGGAGAGAAAGUCUCCCUCAAAUCCUUCACCAAAUACGCGGCACAGCUCGACACCAAGAGUGAGUUUGGCACCAUCAUCUUCCAAGAGCCGGGGGCGCUGCCGUUCACGCCGCAGAAAAUCCGCUCCCACUUCCAGCACGUCUUCAUCAUCGUCCGCGCCCACCAGCCCUGCUCCGACGGCGUCUCCUACAGCGUGGCCGUCACCCGCUCCAAGGACGUCCCACCCUUCGGCCCCCCGGUUCCUCCCUCCGGCGUCACCUUCCGCCGCUCCGACCUCUUCCGCGCCUUCCUCUUGGCCAAGGCCAUCAACGCCGAGAACGCCGCCCACAAAUCCCACAAAUUCCGCGCCAUGGCCACGCGCACCCGCCACGAAUACCUGCGGGAUCUUGCCGAGAACUACGUCACCAACACUCCCUUGGACACGGCGGGCAAGUUCAACCUCAUCUCCUUGACCUCCAAAAAAAAGGAGAAAACCAAAGCGCGGCCCCUGGCGGAGCUGGAGAGCGCCGGCGCCGUCUCCUGGCGCGUCUCGGCGUUGGAUUUCGGCCGGGGCGGCGCCGAAAUCCCGUGCGCGUUGGGGAUCUCCAAGGAGCUCUUGGUUUUGGUGGAUCUGGCGGCCAAGGAAGUCGUUUUCAAUUGUUUCGCCGGCGACGUGAUCGGCUGGAGCGCCGAGGGAGCGGCGCUGAGGAUUUACCACGGCCGAGGGGAUCUGGUGAGCGUCAGGGCCGGCGCCGGCGCCGAAGGGGCCGAGGGAGCGGCCGAGGAGGUGAAGGAGANNNCGCGCCCUUGCCAGGCCACCACGCCGGGCUGUGCCACGGUGGAGAUGACCCUGAGGCGCAACGGGCUGGGCCAGCUGGGCUUCCACGUUCACCCCGACGGCAGCGUGGCCGACGUGGAGGAGUACGGCUUCGCCUGGCAGGCCGGGCUGCGGCGCGGCAGCCGCCUCCUCGAGGUGUGCAAGGUGGCGGCCGUGGCGCUGAGCCACGAGCAGAUGAUCGACCUCCUGCGCACCUCGGUCACCGUCACCGUGGCCGUCGUGCCGCCGCACGACGACGGCACGCCCAGGAGGGGUUGGUCGGAAAUCCUGGCAUCGGGCUCUGCGGAUCCGGAUCCGUUCCCGGCGCCGUUGGCGGAUCCGUUCCCGGCCGCGUUCCGGGCUCCGUUCCGCAGCGGGCCCGGCUGGCACCGGGGGGGCCCCAAAAGGGCCGAGCUCUCGUGCGGCCCCUCCCCCCUGUCCAGCUCCGCCUCCAGCGAGGCCGAGGCCGAGGGCGGGGCCAGCGACGGCAGCGACGGCCGGAAGUGCGGCCGGAAGUGCGCGAGGAACGCUGGGAGCGACGCGCGGCAUGCUGGGAUUGACGCACGGAACGCUGGGAUUGACGCACGGAACUCUGGGAUGGACGCACGGAACGCUGGGAUUGACGCACGGCAUGCUGGGAUUGACGCGAGGAACUCUGGGAUUGACGCGUGGAGCACUGGGAUUGACGCACGGCAUGCUGGGAACGACGCGCGGCAUGCUGGGAUUGAUGCAAGGAAUUCCGGGAUUGACGCAAGGAGCUCUGGGAUUGACACACGGCAUGCUGGGAACGACGCGCGGCAUGCUGGGAUUGAUGCGAGGAAUUCCGGGAUUGACGCAAGGAACGCUGGGAUUGACGCGCGGCAUGCUGGGAUUGACGCAAGGAACGCUGGGAUUGAUGCAAGGAAUUCCGGGAUUGACGCAAGGAACUCUGGGAUUGACGCACGGCAUGCUGGGAACGACGCGCGGCAUGCUGGGAUUGACGCGAGGAAUUCCGGGAUUGACGCGAGGAAUUCCGGGAUUGACGCUUGGCAUUCUGGGACUGACGCACGGAACUCUGGGAAGGAGGCGCGGAACUCUGGGAUUGACGCGAGGAACGCUGGGAAGGACACACGGAAUUCCGGGAAGGACGGGAAGAAUCCCGGGAGCGACGCGCGGAAUUCUGGGAUUGACGCUUGGAGCUCUGGGAAGGACGCAAAGCAUUCUGGGAUUGACGCUCGGAACUCUGGGAAGGACGCGAAGAAUUCUGGGAUUGACGCUCGGAACUCUGGGAUUGAGGCCUGGCCCGAGGCCCUGCAGGCUCCAAGGCAGAUUUUAAUGGGAUUUUUUGGGGAAUUCUGGAUUUUUCCCUGGAUUUGUGUCCCCAGGCAGGUGAACGUGUUUGGGCAGCCGCGGCUCCGGGCGUCCCUGCGGGAUCUUCGCUCCCCCCGGCGCGUCCCCAAAUCCUCCAUCGAGGACGACCUCAAACGCCUGAUCCUGAUGGACAAUUCCUGCCCCGAGCCCGACCCCGCCCCGGCAAAAAACGGUCCCGUGGCGCGCCUGGAGCCGGGGCUGAUCCCCCUGCCCGACGCCGCCGCGCUCGAGUGGGCGACGCUCGUGAGCGCGGCCACGGCCUACGAGGCCCCCCUGGAUCUGCCAGGGAAGGUUUCCCAGCUGGAGGCGAUGCUGAAGCAGCUGCACAGCGACCUGGAGAAGGAGAAGCAGGACAAGGUGUUCCUGCAGGCCGAGGUGGCCAACCUGCGGCAGAACAAUCGGCGCCUGCAGGCGGAGUCGAGCUCGGCCGCGCGGCAGCUCCGCAGAUUCGCCAGGAUCUUCUCCGGGGCCACCGAGAGCCACCAGCCAUGACUGGGAUGGACUGGGAUGGACUGGGAAUGGACUGGGACAAACUGGGAGGGACUGGGGGAAAAAAUCCCCCUGGAAUUGUGACGUUCCCAUCGGGAUCGGCUGCGGAGAUUGGCCAGGAGAACCAGGAACCCUGAGUGGGAUGGACUGGGAUUGGACUGGGAUGGACUGGGA